AUGACCGCAGAUGUGGUGACCAGAUUAAUGAAUGUGUUGGAGGCAUUAGCGCCUAAUCAUGGUGGAAUUCCAGGUCCUCAGGAUACUUCACAAGCACAAGCUCAAGUUGUCCAGUCUGCAGGGCAAUCUAUGGAGUUUAAGAAUUUCAUGGAUCUUAAGACACCAGAGUUUGAUGCUUCACCUACUUCUAUUGAACCUCAGAAGUUCAUUGAUCAUUGUGAAAAGAUAUUGUCUACGUUAGGGCUGAAGGAGACUCAUGGUGUGGAAUUUACCACUUUCUUAUUCUCAGGGUCUGCAGAGUCUUGGUGGAUUUCGAUUCGGAGAGGUGGACAAGUAGGGUUACCACCUAUUACUUGGUCAGAAUUUUUAGCACUGUUUAAGGACAGGUUUAUUCCAUUAAGAAAGCAAGAUGACAUGAGACGUCAGUUCAAUAAUCUGCGGCAGGGAACUAUGACCGUUACAGAAUAUGAGGCCAAGUUUACAGAUUUAUCUAGGUAUGUACCUUAUUUGGUAGAGGAUCCGAGAGAGAAGGUGAGGCGAUUUGUGGACGGACUUGAGCAUCGCUAUUGUGGUCCUGUGGUACGAGAUGUGUGA